UGUUUAUAAUCGACAUAUGACAGUGACAGAUGAAAUUGUAAAAAUUUAAAAACCAACGGCUUGUUUUUAAGGUUAUGGUUUGUGUUAUUUGUUAUUUUAUUUCAAACAAUAAACAUCUUAAAAAAUGACAGAUUUUAAUGAAGACUGUUUAUUAAGAGUGUUUAAAGAGUUAGAUGUUCAGUUAUUACAUUUAAAUCCAAAUGUUGUAAAAGCUUGGUUUGAUACAGAUGAUAAGAAUAUGAAAAAUUUACUAAAUUGGAUGUGUGGUUCACUAUCCAAAAAAAAUUAUGUAUCUCCUUUAGAAAUGACUGAAUAUUUGACAAUAUCAAACCCAUUAUCUGGCGAUGAUUUAAAAGAGAAAAAUAAACAAAUAGAAGAACAAUAUCCAGAUAUUUUUGAUACAGAAAUUAAUUCUCUAGAAAUUGAAUUUCUUGAAGAAGAGUUGAAUUUAGCACGCCAACAAGAAAAAGAAUUAGAUCAGCUUAUUAUUUUAAAUAGAAAUUCAGGAGAAAUAUUAGAUAAAAAUUUAUCAAAUAAGUUCAAAGAGGAAAUUGAAGUAUCUGUUAGAGCAAAAACUACUGAAGAAAAGUGCCUUGCAGCUGGGGAAAAAUUGGACGAAAUGAAUGAGAAAAUUUUUGAUCUAAUAGUCAAAUCUACAAAUAUUUUAUACGAUUUUGAAUUUGGUCUCACACCAAUGUUUAUCAAUAACUUUACCAUUAACUUGUAUCAGGAGAGAUUGGAAAACGUAAUGUCUUUAGUAAAACCAGUAUUGGAUAAGUCAUAUUACACUGGAAACAUGACAGCUCUUACUAAUGUAACUAACUUAGACCAUCUUCCUCUAGAUGAAACAACUACAAACAAUUUGUGUAAUAUGAGACACAGAUUAUUACAUAGUCACCACAAAUAUCUAGCAACUGCAAUAGAGUUGGAGAAAAUGAAAAACAUUUUAGCUGAUCUGGAGAAGAUUUCAAUAGAAACUUUGAUUUCAUUAGAUGAAACAACAUUAAGUCAAAGUAUUGCCAUGAAAAUGGAAACCAGAAACCGUUUGUGUGAUAUGCUUGAAGAUGCCUCAACAAAAGUUGCUGAUCGUUACAUUAGCCAAGCGCAAAUGAAAUAUAUGAAGCAAGAAUUGGAAAUGCAUCAGUCCAAUCUUCAAGAAUUAACUGAAGUAGACAAUAUGAUACAAGAACUCCUGGCCCAUUACUCGGAACUUAGUAUUCUAUUUGAUGUGGAGAAGAAGGAAAUGGAGAGAUAUGAGGUUUUUUUCAAACAAAUUAUAAAGUACAUGAACAGAGAUAUGGAAACUUGUUUAAUAAGGACAGAAACGAUGAGAGAAAUCAUUCAACAGUAUCAAAGCACCGCGCCAGAUGAAAAACUACACCUGAUGAAAAUGAUCAUUAAUUUGUUGUCAAGUAAUGAAGAAAACGUUAGUAUCGGCAGAGCUUACGAAUUAAUUACAGAUUUUAAGAAACAGAUAGACUUCCUAGAAUUUAAAUUAUUUUCACCAGGCUUCAGUGAAAUUAAAUCCAAAGGAAAAGAACUACGAGAUUCUGUCAAAAUUUUGCAGUCAUUUUUAAUUAGUGGUCCAACGCAUCGAAUUCUUUUAAUACCGGCUGAACUGCAAAUAGUUAUUCGACAGGUCGAGGAGCUCUUGAAAAAAGAAUUGGACUCAGUAGCGUCUGCGAUGACCAUCGUUUCCAAAAUGAAAAAAAUUCCAAACAAAUGGCAGAAUUAUAGACGACAGUUGUGGAUGUAUUUUUAUGCUGAUCCAAAUGGUCUAAAAUUCAUUUUACAGCAAAUUCAAAAGGAAUUUGAAGAAUCUAAAAAGAAUCGACUUGCAUAACCAUGCUUACA